CGUACCCCUCUCUUUUAUGCGACUCCCCUCUCCUCGUCCCCUCUCCCGACUCCUCUCGUCUCUCGCCUCUUCGCCUCUCUUCUCUUCUCCUGCCUGCCCCUCCCUCCUCGCGCUCCAUCGACAACGAGCACCUCGUCUUGUUCUUGGUCUUGGCUUUUGGUGUGGCGACGUUGGGUAGUGUGAUUAUCUUGUUCUCGCUGGCAGGAGAUGGCCUGUACGCAGGAGAACGCCAUGGCAACCGACGAAAGCACGGCGGAUCAUCGCGGGAGUCGUCCGAGUUCCCACGACAUGGAUUUAUCAGGGGAUGACCACGUGCCAAAGGCACGCAAGCCGUACACCAUCACGAAGCAGCGGGAGAAGUGGACCGAGGAAGAGCACAAGCGCUUCCUGGAGGCCCUGCAGCUGCACGGCCGCGCCUGGCGCCGCAUACAAGAGCACAUAGGCACCAAGACGGCAGUGCAAAUCCGGAGCCACGCGCAGAAGUUCUUCUCUAAGGUCACCAGAGAGUCGUCCGGGAGCUGCAGCGGCUCGGGCGCCGCGGCCGCGACGGCGACGGCGGCGAUCCAGAUCCCCCCGCCGCGGCCCAAGAGGAAACCGACGCACCCGUACCCGCGCAAAGCGGACGACGGCGCGGCGGCCGGCGGUAAGCACGCCCCGGGGCUCACGCAUCUGGAGAGGCCUCCCGUGCGGAUGGGCGAGCAGGAGGAAGGGUCGCCGACGUCGGUGCUGACCGCGUCGCGGGUCGAGGCCUCCGGUGGCCGCUUCUCCUACAACUCCAGCGGCAGCAGGUCGCCGGUUCCGUCGGCCGCCGGCUCCCUCUACGGCUCGUCGGUGGACAGAGGGGACGGCUGCCUCUCGCCUAAUACGACUAAGGCUUCAGAGUUCACUGCAAAUGGUGAUGUCAAAGAGGGGUCAUGUACAGGAUCAGCGACAUCAGUCCUUAAGCUAUUCGGCAAGAAAGUCGUGGUGAAUGAUUCAUUCCAGAAGCCGAAUACCAGCACCGGCAACCCGCAGAAUGGUGGCGACGUCGGAACUGAAGCUUCAGACGAUACAACCACACAAGGAAGCAGAAACCUACCUUCUGGCGGUGCCACAGAAGGAAGCUCAUGGAAUCCAUGGCCGAGCAGCAUGCAGCAGUUUGUGUAUUUUGUUCCUCAACCGGAUGGUUUCGCCACACAAUCUGCGGUGCCAUGGUUUGGCACCCUGCCUGGUGCAAUGUUCUACCAGCAAGCCAUGGCUCCAAAUCAGCACCAGCGCCAUCGCUCAGAGACCGCAGACCACAAGUUCAUGCAGAGGGAAGGAUCCUGGACAGGAUCAAACACUGGCCCUGGAUCAGCUGCGCAUAAUUCAGAUGCUGCCGACUCCCGAGGGAGAGGAAACAGCAGUGAGAGCGACAAAACGCCUGUGCCGCGGUUAACAAAGUGCGAGAGCUCUGUUUCGGUCAGUCUGCAAAGAGGUUUCAUGCCAUACAAGAGAUGCGCGGCCGAGAGCGAAUCGCUGCGGUCGGAGGCGCCCAGAGAGGAGACCGACGUGGGAAGAAGCGACCACUCAUCCUGCUGGUUUUGCCUGUCGGUAUGUCGCACUUCUCCGAAGCAGCUCGAAGCCGCAUUAGAUUGAGCAUUUCUGGUUCUUGCUCGUGAAUAUAUAUAGUUGGAAUAUGUAGUAUCCAUGUUUUUGUUCUCUACAGAGUGUCUCUGCAGUUUUUACCCCAAAUCGGGAGGCUCAGAGUUCAGUGUUGUUGCCUGUAUCAACCUGGGCCUGAGAGAGGGUUGUCGUAGUCUUAACUGCAUGUUGUAAGCUAGGCAGGCUUGUAUCACUCUGUAGUCUGCAUUCUGUAAAACAUAUGAUAGGCAGAAGACGAACAAAAACGUCGAAUGCUCUGUAUAUCUAAAGUAUAACAUAAUAUACCUGGACUUGGGUCUGUGCAUUCA